CAUAAGCCGUUGAAAACAAAAGCUUCAACAAGGAUUAAGCUCAUGUUCAUGGCGACGGCUCGUUUCUACCUUCACAAGGAACCUUCCCCAAUUCUACCUUUCCCUUCCCUAUAUAUAUCCCGACCUUCCCUUAUCCAUUUCACCCACAAACACAAACUCUCGUCUUCAACAAGUACUGAUUAAACUCAUGUUCAUGGCGACGGCUCGUUUCUUUCUCUUCUCUAUUUUGCUUGCCAUUUCUUCUACAAGCGCAACAAUGGCUGGAAACUUCUACCAGGACGUGGACAUAAACUGGGGCAACGGCCGAGGCAAAAUCCUCAACGCUGGACGACUCCUCACGCUCUCCCUCGACAAGAGCUCUGGCUCCGGCUUUCUGUCAAAGAACCAAUACAUUUAUGGCAGGUUCGAAGUGCAGCUCAAGCUUGUUCCAGGCAAUUCUGCAGGCACAGUCACAACCUUCUAUUUAUCUUCUCGGGGUCCAACGCAUGAUGAGAUCGACUUGGAGUUUCUGGGGAAUCUCAGCGGCGACCCCUACACUCUCCACACCAACGUGUUCACGCAGGGGAAGGGAAACAGAGAGCAGCAGUUCAAGCUCUGGUUCGAUCCCACCCGGGAUUUCCAUAUCUACUCUGUUUUGUGGAAUCCCAGACACAUUGUUUUCUACGUGGACGGAAUGCCGAUCAGGGAGUUCAAGAACAUGGAGGCGAAGGGGGUGGCAUACCCGAAGGGCCAGGCGAUGCGGGUGUACGCGAGCAUGUGGGCAGCAGAGGACUGGGCGACCAGAGGCGGGCAGGUGAAGACCGAUUGGUCGCAAGCGCCCUUCACGGCCGCAUACAGAGGCUAUGCCGCCAAUGGCUGCGUCUGGCCUGCCGGCGGAGGCGCCGCCACUUGCUCCGCCAGCGGGAGCUCUUGGAUGUGGCAGGAGUUCGACGCGACGAGUGUGAGGAGGAUGAAGUGGGUGCAGAGGAACUACAUGAUCUACAAUUACUGCAGCGAUGCGAAGAGGUCCCCCCAAGGAAUGCCGCCGGAAUGCUCCGCUACGCCUUGACUCGAAAAGUCAUUAUGGUUUCUGGUCACUGUGAAUAAAUUAAAUUAUCUAGUUUUUCUUUAACGCAUUCUUCUUAGUUAUUAUUAUUCUAAUUAAUGCUGUAUGCUUGCCUGUGUAUGAUAAAAUAAUUUUUAUCAUAAUA